AGCAGCGCAGUGUAGAGAGAGACAUGGAGGAGAGCAGGGAGCCAGAGAGACGAAAGAGGAGGGAGGGAGGUAGCCACUUGCGCACCAAAUGAGCUCAAGCUCAUCAUCAUCUACACACGCGCGCACACGGUAGCCUGCUGCAGCCGUAAGAAAACAGAUCCAGAGGAGCACGCGAGAAGACACAUAAAGAGAGAGAGGCGGAGAGACCGAGACUGAGGAGAGAGGCAGAUAUCUGCAGAUAGAGAUGUCAGGCGUUGUGGUGUCUCUGUGUCUGCUAGCGGUCUUUGUGCUGCUUUGUGAGCUGAGCAGGAGAAUCUUAACCAAGCUACUAGCUCCCAGAGGGCUGUGUCUGUCUGCUGUUUACGCAGUGGAGCUGGUCUCUACGCUGCAGCUGUGUAUCUGCAACCUAGAGCUGCGUCUAUUGGGGGAGGUGGGCCGGCUGCAGCCUCAGUUCUGUCUCAGCCUCACAUAUCUGGCAUCUGUGGUCCAUGGCCUCACCUUCCAUGGAGCCCUGGGGAACCCCUGUAGCACGCUGGAAUACACCUACCGGGGACGCCUCACUGCCAGGAGCGGCGUGCUGAGGAUGGUGUGCCAGUUCAUGGCAGCAAGCGUGGCUCGUACCAUGCUACAGGGGCUGUGGGCCCUCGGUCUCUCUGACCUGCACCUGAGACACACACUCCAGGGCUUCCAAUGCAUUAGCCCCAUCCACACAGACACACACACCAGCCUGGUGCUCCCCGGCCCUCUGGUCACCGCUGCAGCUGUGGAGCUGGCAGGGGCCUUUGCCAUGCAAACCGCCUUCACACACACACACACUAUGGACCGGAGGUACCGGGUACAUGCCAUAGCAGCACUCACCGCUACCUUGACCUAUGCAGGUGGCAAGAUGACAGGGGCUGUGUUUAACCCUGCGUUGGCCCUCUCCACCCAGUUCUCCUGCAGUGGGCACUCCUUUCUGGAUUACUGCCUGGUCUACUGGCUGGCUCCUCUAUUAGGUAUGAUGUGUUCAGUCCUGUUGUUUGAUCAGAUGUUGUCUGGUAGAGCUGCUCCCUACCGCCCCCUUCUGGCUAACAAGAGGAAAUGACCCUGGGUCAUUUUCAUUAGUGCACAUGUAGCAAAACCGUUUUGUAACAGAAUACAUUUCACUAAAAAAACAAGGUUUUUUUUAGACAAGUUCAGGUAGUUCCUCCCCUUUUCGGUUAGUUUUCUUCUGUUUGGUGUCUACUGCCCUGGACCCACCAUCAAUCCCUACGAACCGAAGACCCUGAUGCAUAGUGACCUCUUUAAAACUAAGCACAUUCAAACAAAAAAAAGACUAUAUAUUGAGAUGUUUUUUAAUCUAGUAUGAUUUGUACAGUGGUGGCUGGUGGCACUUAAAAAUUGGUCUGGAACGUAAUGAUACCAUUUCAUUUACUCUAAUCCAGACAUUUUUAUGAGCUGUCUUCCUCUGGAUUGAUGUAAAAAAAAAAAAAGAUUUCUGUAGUUAGUAGUGUUAGUAGCAUAUUUAAAACUAUUUGAGAUAGUAUUUUAUGUACAGUUCUUCAAUAGAUAUGCCUAUGGUCAACUUGAGGAGUAUUGUCAACCUUUCCAAGUCACCCCGCUCCUCCGCAGUCCACACACUCCACUGGCUUCCAGUCAAAACUCACAUCUACUACAAGACCAUGGUA